GUAGUGUUUAUGAAAUGUAUGACGUAAUAGUCACGAUUGAUGCCACGUGGCACAUCCUAAAAUAAUAGCCAACUACUAUACUUCUCUGUUUCUACUGGUUUCUAGCUGGGCGAGAUGCUCACCAAGUUCGAAACAAAGUCUCACAGAGUCAAAGGUCUUGUCUUUCACGGGACACGCCCCUGGAUUCUCACCAGUCUCCACAAUGGGGUCAUUCAACUGUGGGACUAUCGCAUGUGUACACUCAUUGAUCGCUACGAUGAGCAUGAUGGUCCUGUACGAGGUAUUGAUUUCCAUAGCAACCAGCCGCUGUUUGUGUCAGGAGGAGAUGACUACAAAAUCAAAGUGUGGAACUACAAGCAGAAGCGAUGUCUGUUCACGUUGCUAGGGCACUUGGACUACAUACGAACCACCUUCUUUCACAAGGAGUAUCCGUGGGUUGUGAGCUGCUCUGAUGAUCAAACCAUUCGUAUCUGGAACUGGCAGUCGCGGACAUGCAUCAGUGUUCUGACAGGCCACAACCACUACGUUAUGUGUGCCCAGUUCCACCCAACAGAGGACUUAGUCGCAUCAGCCAGCCUCGAUCAAACUGUCCGAGUGUGGGAUAUAUCUGGACUCAGGAAGAAGACAGUGGCUCCAGGUAGCAGCGGCCCUGUAGAUACAUUCCGGAAUCCUGGUUCUGGAACGGAACUGUUUGGAACAUCUGAUGUCAUUGUCAAACAUGUGUUGGAGGGCCAUGACCGUGGUGUUAACUGGGUGUCCUUCCACUCCUCACUGCCUCUCAUUAUAUCAGCUGCUGACGACCGUCAGAUCAAGAUGUGGAGGAUGAAUGAUGCCAAAGCUUGGGAGGUGGACACGUGCAGGGGCCAUUACAACAAUGUCUGCAGCACCCUCUUCCAUCCUCGACAAGACCUUAUACUCAGUGUGUCAGAGGACCGCAGCAUUCGAGUCUGGGAUAUGUCCAAGAGAUCUUGUAUUCAGACAUUUCGUCGUGAGUCUGAUCGCUUCUGGGUAAUAGCUGCUCAUCCAACACUCAACGUUUUUGCCGCUGGUCAUGACAACGGCAUGUUGGUGUUUAAACUUGAGAGGGAGAGACCAGCUUACACUGUGCACCAGAACAUCCUCUACUAUGUCAAGGAUCGAUUUCUGCGUCGCUAUGAGAUUGGUACCUCUAAGGACGCCCCUGUCAUGGCCAUACGUAGGAGUGGAGCCCCCCAGUUCCGGUCCUCUCCCCACAUCCUGUCCUACAACCCGGCGGAGAGUGCUGUCCUCGUCUGCUCAAACACCACCAACGCUGAGAACGCUUACUACGAGAUCUUCCCUGUGCCCAGGAACACUGACCCCUCCAAUCCAGAGUUCACUGAGGGUAAGAGGUCACCAGGGCUGACUGCAGUAUGGUUGGCCAGAAACAGAUUUGCCAUUCUUGACAAGAGCCAUCAGCUGGUUAUCAAGAACCUUCGUAACGAGGUGACCAAGAAGGUCCAGUGUCCACCAUGUGACAGAAUCUUCUACGCUGGGACAGGCCACCUCCUCCUCAAGGACGCUGAGUCUGUCACUCUCUUUGAUGUGCAGCAGAGAAGGUCUCUGAACACUGUGAAGAUAUCCAAGGUCAAAUACGUCGUCUGGUCAGAUGACAUGUCACAUGUUGCACUCCUCGGCAGAAACACCCUGGCGGUGUGCAAUCGUAAACUGGUGGCCCAGUGCACUGUGAACGAGAACAUGAGAGUCAAGAGUGCCGGCUGGGACGAGAACGGAGUCCUCAUUUACACUACUAGUAACCACAUCAAAUACGCCCUCAGCAACGGUGACCAUGGUAUCAUUCGUACCCUGGACCUACCUAUCUACAUCACGGCAGUCAAGGGGAGCAAGGUGUACUGUCUGGACAGAGAGUGCAAGACCAGGGUGCUCUCCAUUGACCCCACUGAGUACAAGUUCAAACUUGCCCUCAUUAAUAGGAAAUACGAUGAGGUGUUGCACAUGGUGCGUACAGCCAAGUUGGUCGGUCAGUCCAUUAUCGCCUACCUACAACAGAAAGGCUAUCCCGAGGUGGCCCUCCACUUUGUCAAGGAUGAGAGGACACGAUUUUCUCUGGCUCUUGAGUGUGGGAACAUUGAGAUUGCUCUGGAGGCUGCCAAGACCCUCGAUGACAAGGUGUGCUGGGACAGACUGGCCUCGGCCGCACUCGCUCAGGGAAACCAUCAGGUGGUUGAAAUGGCGUACCAACGUACCAAGAACUUCGAUCGUCUCUCCUUUCUGUACGUCAUCACUGGGAACAUGGAUAAACUCAGGAAAAUGACUAAAAUUGCUGAGAUCCGCAAAGACGUGAGCAGUCAGUACCAGAACGCACUCUUUACUGGGGACGUCAAGGAAAGGGUCAAAGUACUCCGUGCUGUGGGUCAAGAGUCACUUGCCUAUCUGACAGCUGCCACUCACGGACUCACUGAAGAGAGCGAGGCUCUGGCAGAAUCUCUCAACUCUCAUCUCGACAAGCUCCCCGAGGUCCACCCCAGUGCCAAGCUACUCCGCCCCAUCCCGCCCAUCAGUCAGACAGAGUCCAACUGGCCACUCCUCAACGUGUCAAAGGGAUUCUUUGAAGGAAUGACUGGAAAAGGUCCUAGUGGUGCUGGUGUCAUGGCAACCAUUGACCCAUUGGAUCAGCCCGAGGAUGGUGGAUGGGGAGACGAUGAUGAACUGAUUAUCAAUGAAGAUGGAGAGAUAGUGACGGAUGUGGGUGGUGAGGACAUGAUGGAGGGAGAGGAGGGAGGAGGUUGGGACGUUGAUGACGACGAACUGGAACUACCACCCGACCUCGAACCAGACCUUGGUGCCGGUGGUAUAGGAGACGAGGGCUACUACGUCCCACCCACUAAGGGCACUAGUCCUGCCCAGGUGUGGGUCAAUAACUCCCAGUUGCCCGGGGAUCAUGUGAGGGCCGGGUCAUACGAGACGGCCAUGAGGUUGCUGAAUGACCAGCUUGCAGUGGUGAACUUUGAACCCUUCAAAGCGCUCUUCAUGAGUGCAUACAGUCAGAGUCGUACGGCCAUCACGGGAAUUCCCCUAAACCCUCCACUAUACGGCUUCCCUCACAGGAACUGGCAAGAGGCGGGUGCGAGGGGUGGUCUACCUGCUGUGGCUCUCACACUCGAGCAGCUGGUGCGACGACUCCAGGGUGCUUAUCAGUCAACCACGUCAGGUAAAUUCUCCGAGGGUGUGGACAAGUUUCGCUCCAUUCUAUUGAGUGUGCCACUGCUGGCCCUGGACUCUAAGAGCGAGAUUACCGAGGCUCAGCAGCUGCUGAAAAUCUGCCGUGAGUACAUCCUGGGGCUCUCCAUGGAGAUACAGCGCAAGGAACUACCUAAGAGAAACCUUGAACAGCAGAAGAGGCUUUGUGAGAUGGCAGCCUACUUCACCCACAGUGCUCUGCAGCCAGUCCACCUCGUCCUUACACUACGCACUGCUCUCAACCUCUUCUAUAAGAUGAAGAACUUCAAGACAGCUGCCUCAUUCGCCCGUAGGCUAUUGGAACUGGGCCCAAAACAAGACGUGGCUGUCCAGACUCGUAAGAUCCUCCAGGCGUGUGAUAAGAACCCGACCGAUGCACACAAGCUUCUCUAUGACCAGCACAACCCGUUCUCAGUUUGUGGGGCCACCUACAAACCAAUAUACAGGGGAAAACCGCAAGAGAAGUGUCCUUUCUGUGAGGCGUGCUACAUGCCGGAGAGCAAGGGGGCGGUGUGUAACGUGUGCCAGGUGUCGGAGGUGGGUAGAGAGAGCAUUGGCCUACGUGUCAGCCCCCUGCAGUUCCGCUAGACCCCCCAUAUAGAGGCUAAUUGAACAGAACUACAUGUUGAACUUAUCAUUUAUAGUAGAAAGUACAUUUUUGCUUACGAUCAAACUGAAUUAUACAUACUGUGCUUUAGUGCCUUUCGUCUUAAUUUACACUUGAAAUUAUUACCAUUAAUUUAUAUGCUUUGUGCUCAGAUUUUGAAAUUCUAUUAUGGUACAAUUUAUUGCAUUCCUGAA